UUCAAGCGCUGAUGAGUUUAGAGGCUCGAUCUCCCUCGGAGUGACUAGUACGAACGAGACGGACUUGGCCGAAUCACUCGAAAAUAAUAAUCAUACUGACAAAAAGACACUUUUCGUCUCCUCACCGCUGGAUACGCGACUCGACCUGGGGUUGGAUUAACUUCGGGCCGCUCUUUUUUCGUUUUUCUUUUUCAUUUGCUUUGGAAAGGGGCAGACAAAGAAGACAAUGGGAUCUCAGUCAUCCAAGGGAGAGGUGGCCGUGGAGGCGAACGCCGCCGCCGCUGAUGCUGCGGCUGUCAAAACCAAUGGACAGGAGAACGGACAUGUGAAGACCAAUGGUGAUGUCUCCACUAAACCCGACGGGGAUGCCGCCGCCACCAAUGGCUCGGCCGAGGCCGCCAAGGAGCCCGAAGCCGGCGGAGAGGGCGACGCCAUCGAGCCCGCACCCGCCACCGACGGCGAGGUGGCCAAACCCGAAGGUGAGGCCGCAGCCGCCGCCACCGAGGCUGCGGCCAAGGAGACACCCAAGAAGAAGAAGAAGAAGUUCUCCCUGAAAAAGUCCUUCAACUUCAAACUGAACCUGAAGAAGAGCAAGAAAAAUGAGGCGGUCAAGGAGGAGCCGGUGGCUGCGGCCACCGCCGCCGCCACCUCAUCUGAGGAGAAACCCGCGGAGAACGGAGCCACCGCCGCAGAGGAGAAGAAGGAGGAGGAGGUGAAGGAGGAGGCCCAGGCCGAGGCCCCGAAAGCCGAGGAGGGGGCGGCCAAAGAGGACGCCCCCAAGGAGGAGGCCAAGGAGGCAGCUGCUCCAGCCCCUGAGGCCUCGAAACCCACAGAGGAGAGCAGCUCGACCCCCGCCCCCUCUGAAAAGAAGGAGUGAUUGUAUGUGCAACUCGCAAUGAACUGGCUGAACUGUUUUUCAAAGAAAGAGAGAGAGAGCAUUUAAGAGUAUAUAUAUAUAUUUAUAUAUAUAUGUGUAUAUGUAUACAUAUGUAUAUGGAUAUAUGUAUAUGUAAAUAUAUACACAUGUAUGUGAGAGACUCCUUUGACGUGCCACUUUUCGUCAAGACAACAGACGAGAUUCACUAGGUCACUUCCUGCUCGACAUCUGGACCUCGACUGACUUUUUAGGCUUUCGGCGCGGCGGCGAGAUGACACCACCAAGCGGACGAAAGAUUGAUGGAGGAUGGAUCUUUUACCCACUUUGAGAGAAAGAAAAAAAAUGGCACUCAAGAUGCCUCCUUUGUGAAAGAAAGAAGAUAGAAAAGGAACAACUAGGACAGCACCACUUGAAAUGACUGUUAAAUAGCUAAAAAAAAUAAAAAAGAAGAGAUAAAUCAGAAGAGACUCGCCAACUUUUUACAUUCCUAUAUUUUAACCCAAAUUUGAAGUAUUUUGUGGUGUAUUAUAGAGAACCAUCUUAAAAAGAAGCUAUGUCUUGUUUGUUAAAAAAAAUAAAUAAAAAAAACUAUAGACAAGUUUUGAUUUUUACCUUACUAUGGAAAAAAAAAAAAAAAAAAAAAAAGAACACUUCAGCUUGCUAUGUUCACUGUUGCGGUUUGAUAUGAAGCAGAGUUGUUUAUCUGUCGUGUGUGAGCCUGAAUCUGCUUUGUCUCUGUAAAUACAAUUGGACUGAUUUCUGUUCUUUAUUUUGCUAAUGUUGACAGAUGUUACUGGUUUUAUUGUAAAGUUGAUAAUGGUAAAUAAAUGUUGGUCACCUGCCCGUG